AACGACGUCGAGUCAAGCAAUAGCCUUAAAAAAAAAAUCACUUAAUGUUAUUUGGGGCAAAAGGAAGAAGAACAAGAGAUGCAGAGGGUACUGUAUUCUACAAUUCUGGCUUCUCAAAUAAUGGUAGAUGCAAAUUGAGGAGAGCAAGAUAGGUGAGCAGAGUGAGAGAGAGAGAGAGAAGCGAUUGACAUGGAGAAAGAUACAAUGAAUAGCGAUUCGAGUGAAGAAGAACAGGUGACAGAGAAUGAUCAGCAGCAGAACGAAGUGAAAGGAACUGCGAAGGGAAAAUCAUGCAAAGGUUAUCUCUAUUACUCUUCCACUCUCAAAUCCAAAGCUCGUAACCCUCGCUGCCUGGGCAUUCCUCGUAGUCUCCCUCAAGUGCCUAACUAUGUUGUCGGACAAUCUCAAGUUGAAGCUUCUAAAGAGGGGCGGAAUCUUCUAGAUUUUUACUAUGCAUGUCUGGGUUAUUCUGUGUAUAUGACUGAAAAAGACUCUUCUGCUGAUAAGCAAGGGGCCAAAACAGAAUUGCCAGUGUGCGUUGGCCUUGAGCUGUUAGUAGAUAGAAGAGUUGCUGCUGCUGCUGAAACUUCUUCUCCUGCUCAAAUUCAUGAUAGAGAGGAGAGUCGGGAACUUCCUCAGGCUAGAACACAUAAACCCACGCAUACUACCACUGGUGACGACUUCCUGAACAGGUUUACAAGGAAUGCAAACCUGGUAGCUUCAGGGGUGGCUCGGAAUAUGCGGAGAGUAGGAAACUACAUAAAAGAGAGCAUCGAUGAUAUCUUAUACCCUUAUAGAAGACGACCCAAGUAAUGACACCCCAAAAUUCUGAAUGAACAAGUCAAGGAAAUUGCAGGAAGAAUUUUUGUUCAUUCUGAAAACCCCUCUUACUAAGAAAUUUUCUUGGUUUAAUCAAUAAGGCAAGUGUGUAAGUGGUAAGAGGGAUCUGGUUUCCCUGUUCCGAGUGAAAGUUUCCUCUGUUGAUAUUGCUGAGGCCUGAUGACAAUUAAAGGGUAGAGGCAACUGGAUAAGUUAUCUUCUGUAUGACCCGAAAAUGUGCCAUAAUUGAUAAUAGUUCUUGGUGAAUUUUUUUUUU